ACAGGAACCCUUUGGAGCGUUGAGUGUGCUAGUUUUGGAGUUACCGGACGACAAAAUGGCGAAGCUUUUAGGGAUCUGUGUCCUGCUUUCCUAUCUAACAGGUGUGACUGCUGAAUUAUGUACUGCAGCAUACAGGUACUACUACAGCUACAGCUACAGCUACAUCUACAGCUACUACAACUACUACGUCGAAUGUGACACUGGUUGCUGCGGCUAUUAUUAUGACCGGGAAUGCUGUACUUCAUCAAGUGGUACCAUUGCCGGAGCGGUUAUUGGCGGUAUUUUCUUCAUCGCCUGUAUCGUCGUCUUUAUCAUCGUCAUCAAGUCAUGUAACAAGAAAAGGACUGGUGUUAUUGUCGCAGGGCAAACUGGUGGACCCGGAAACGUCACGGUCGUUAACACUGCCACCCAACAGCAAAUGCAACAACAGCCGCACGGAGCCUAUCCUCAGCCGGCCUAUCCUCCUCCUCCACAGUAUGGGGGACAACCUCAACCAUAUGGGGCUUAUCCACAACCACAACCAGCAUAUGGGGGCCCCCCUCCAACAUAUGGAGUUCAACCUCAACCACAUGAGGGGCAAGCCGGACCGGCUUAUCCACCUCCACCAGCAGUAAACAAUCCCAAUCAACCAGAGAAGUACUAACUCCGAACAAGCAGACCAGGCGUCAUAACAUCUUACGUGUGGCUAAAGGCUACACACAGAGAAUCUAGGAACAAGACCAUCCACAUAAAUUGUGGGUAAAUAUUUAGCGAGGUUGAUUAAAAAAAGAAAAAAUAUUAAGAGGGUCCGUUUAAGCCUGAGUGAUUUUGACAAAACAAAUUAGAUUUAUAUAUUUUACAAUUUUAUAAAUAACAUUUGUUGAUUAUAUAUAUUCUACCAAGUAAUUAAAAUGUGUUUUCGUAUUAACCCUAUAGCCACGAUCUUUACUUAUGUAUUUUUAUCCUUUUUGAUGUUGUGAGCUUGUUGCUCUAUUUGCUUGCUAUAUUUGAAAUUAAGGUUUAUAUUUGGGAAAGAUGAUGUGUGCCUUAUUAUUUGUUUAUUUAUCAUUAAUUUACUAGAAAUGCUAUUAACCAAAGAAAAUGCAUCCUUCCUGAGCUUGCCCUAUCACUCUGACCAAGUUGAGUGAAGUUUUUGUGUGUGUACGACUUAAAAGUCACCUAUUUUGGGGUAUAAAAAUCCCGCAAAUUGCACUUGCAGUUGCCAUUUGGUUUCUCGAUUCCACAGAGAAUUAACUGUGCAAUCACUCUUGAACUUACAAACACGUUUUCAGUUACCAUUCCGAACAAGUUGACUGAAACAUUCACAGACAUGGUAGAUAUUCAAUACUAGAGUGGUAUAUUUCAAUAGGGUGUGUUAAGUGUGUGGUUAUAACCAAUAAAAAGUGUCGUAACAUCACACACAUGGCACAGAUUAAGUUAUAAUUAAGUGGUAAUUAUCUAUACAGUGGUUAUAACCAAUGAAAAGUGUCGUAACAUCACACACAUGGUAUAUAUUUAAUUAUUCUAAAGUGAUAUUUAUAAUACAGAUUGUUGAACAUAAUAUUUGAAUUCGAUACUAGGUGUAAAUGGCCAACUGCUUUGAGCCUGUACUAAUAAAUGAAAGACGUGUCAAAACCAUUAAAGAAAAAUGAAAAGUUUACACUUUCUGAACAUGUCGAUUUCAAGGGAAGUACAAUCUUGUAGGAAACGAAAUUUAUAUCUGUAAAAGUGUAAAGGUGAAAUGUGUAAUUGUCAAGAAAGAUACAUGUAUUAUAUGUUCACUGUUGGAUAGAUUUAGAUGAUAUAUAUUAUUUUAAUAUUUCCUUUUUUUAUGCAUCAACAAUUCAAUUUAUGUUUCACAUUUUGGUUAGAAAUAAUAAACAAUC